GUGGCCUUCAUAUUCGAUUCGUUGGGACGUUUUUCAUUUUUCUUUCCAACGCUCGCAACGAACAACCAACGUUGCAACGUCAACGGCAUCACAAGUAAAUUAAAUUAUCCGUGGAAUAAGCGCCAGUAUUACUCUCUACCAUACAUCCCAUUUAAUUAUUAUGGAUUACAAAUAAAUUGGACAAAAUGGAAUACACAAAACUUUUACUAUUGAUAACUGUGUGGGGGUCCAGUUUGUUGUUGGUAGCAACCGUGGACGAGGCUAAGACCAACAUUACAACUGCAUCCAAUACAAGCGACACCAAGACCAUAAUCGAACUUAGCAAUAAAGAUGUUAAAGUGAUUACCGGUUCAGCCUUGAAACCAUCAGAUAUACCAUUGACACAGUUGAUGAACAGCAAGGAAGCCAAUCAGGUGAAAUCGCGGAAAGUGACGCAAGUCGGAAACUACACAGUCAGUGGGCUGGAAAACAAUAAAACUGAAGUGGAAAAGAAAUCAAGCAGCACCACUACAACUGAGGCUCCCAAAACAGCUAAAGUCGGCCAACAAGUAUCCGAAAAUAUUGUUAUUGAUUUGAGGAAUGCUACCACCAAGUCAGAUAAGGAUAAUGGAGAAAAACUAAAUCAAACCAUGAAUGCGGACAUUGUCAAUAAUAAAAGCGAAAAUAUGUCCAUAGCUUCAAAUAACAGCACUGCUGUUGUUGACGAUAAAGCACACUUGACUCAUGUCGAUAAAAAUAACACAAUUAUAAAUAAUACAACUAAAGUAAAUGCAAACGAGACAACAAAACCAACAACAGCAUCUCCUGCUGUCGUUGUGCACAAUUCAUCAACUACUACAACAACAAACGCACCAGCCAUUGUUGGAAAAACAAAUGCAACUGCAAGUAAUGCAACAACAACCACGGCCGUUUCUCCUGGUGGGGGAUCUGGAAUAAAUGUUAAUAAAAAUGUGAGCACAACGACACAGGCAACAAGCACAACGACGACCACCACCAGCACAACGACAACAACUACCACUACGACAACCACUACCACAACAACAACCACACCUAAGCCGAAAAAACCCACAGUCACCUAUGGCGUAGAAGAUUUCCCCGAUUUGGAUAAACAAAACCCGGCAUGGGUUAACAUAACCAAACAGCAGCAGCAACAAUCUUCUUCCAGCAAAUUACCCUUACCCGAAGCACCCUAUGCCCAACCCUCACAGGAGAAUUUCAAUCACAACAGUUUCCAUGGUGGUCGAGAUUAUAUUCUACCCGUUGUCUCAAUGAUCUUCAUAAUACCACUUGUCAUAGGAGUUCUAAUCACAACCUAUCGGCGAUUCCGCGACUGUUGGUCAACACGCCACUAUCGCCGUAUGGAUUUCUUGGUCGAUGGCAUGUACAAUGACUGACGACGGCAUCAGCAGUCCAACACUGAUGGAAGCCAUCACCAACAGCAUCGCCAGCAUUUGUUAAGAGUGGGGAAACAGGGUGAGGAGGACGAUGACGACGAAGAUGUCUGGGAUAUAUCACAAAUUGCUUAGCAGUGUUAAAUUGUGAUAACUAAAUAAUUAGAAUGGAAAAAAUAAUUUUAGAAAUAGGUUUAAACCCCCCACAGAACAUGAAACGCAACAUUUUUCGGAGUGAGAUUUUACAAUAUUGGUUCCCGCUCUUUACCUACCAUUUCAAUUCGCAACAAUACUACUUUAUAAAAUAUUCCGUAUACCUAUUUUAUAUAUUAUCAUACCCAUAAUUUUUUAGUAUUUUUAAUUAAUUGGAAACUAUCUACCCAUGGUAGCUAAGCAUAAGAAAAGCAAUACAAUUGUAUUUGAAAUGAAAUGUUUUGUAAAAACAAAAAAAAAAACACGUGAGGCCAAAAUUAUUGUCUUUCUUUUUGUGUGCUUUUAAUGUUAACAUUAAAAGCUACAUGUUUUGUUUUUUGAUAUAUUUGAUCUUGUUUCAGAUUCGCUAUUGCUCUAGACAAAAACAUAGUAUUUAAUAGGAUUACAUAUUUUCGUUUUUUUUUUUAGAAAUGUAUUCUUCUAGUUAUGUAAGAAUUCUGUGCAACGCAUUUGAAGCAGAAACCCCCCCAAACAUAAACACAAAAUUAUAAAAUCCCAAUUUAAGAUUAAUAUUUUUGUAUUAUAAAUAUAUAUAAAGUUAAUAAAAUAAAAUUAUAUAAAACGAG